AUGGCCGGUGCCGAGCACGGAACCCACACGGGGCGGGAGCUGCUGGACAUGGAGGUCAAGGCCAAGGCCUGGCGGCCACCCUGGUAUGAGCACCACGUGCAGCCGUGCGUGGCCGAGCUGCUGGGCACUGCCCUCUUCAUCUUCCUCGGCUGCCUGGCCGUGGUGGAGGACGCGGGGGGCGCGGGGCGGCUGCAGCCCGCCCUGGCACAUGGGCUGGCCCUGGGCACCGCCGUCGCCGUCCUGGGGGACAUCAGCGGAGGCCACUUCAACCCCGCCGUGUCCCUGGGCGUGUGGCUGGUGGGGGGGCUGAACAUGACGAUGCUCAUCCCUUACUGGCUCUCCCAGCUCUGUGGAGGGGUGAUAGGAGCCGGCCUGGUAAAGGCCGUGGCACCGAGCGAGCGCUACGGGAACGCCAGCGGGGGAGCCUUCGGGGGCAUCACGGCCGACGAGCAGGUCCCGGCUGUCCUCGUGGGAGAGCUCGUCAUGACCACCUUCCUGGUCCUGGUGGUCUGCAUGGGCACCGUCAACGGGAAGACCAAGACCCCCCUGGCACCGUUCUGCAUCGGCUUCGCCGUCACGGUCGACAUCCUGGCAGGGGGCGGCGUGUCCGGAGCCUGCAUGAACCCUGCCCGAGCCUUCGGACCAGCUCUGGUGGCAAACUACUGGGACUACCACUGGGUUUACUGGGUAGGGCCCAUGGUUGCUGCCCUGCUGGUUGGUGUGCUGGUGAGGCUCCUGAUGGGUGACCGGAGCACGCGCCUGCUCCUGUGGAGGGACAGUGGGGAGACAGGGGCUGAAGGAGGGAUAACUGUGUGUCAGCAACAAUCAGGCAACGAGGAGGAACCACAGGGCCGGGAGCUGGGCGAGGCUGUCCCCGUGUGGCUGCGGAGGGCGGACCCCGAGCUCAUCCCCCAGUGUCUGUGCCAGCCCUCGGCGCUGCCCGAGUGCCACGGGGAGCUCCCGGGGGUGCUCAGCCGGGCCGGGGUGCUGGGUGGCUGCGUGGGCAGGGCCGGGGGCGCGGGGACAGUGGAGGUGGGUGGGCGCUGA